UCAGACUCCACGAGCGCUGGAUAGAGCGAGAGCCGCAGAGCGCGCUGGAUACUCAGCCUUCGUUACCGAAAAGCCGAGUAUUUCCCUGCCUUUUCUGCCCAACCGCCACCUCCCUUGCACUUACUUAUUCUAUCCCCAGGAAACCCCUUGACGUUUUUCCUCCUUCCUUAUAGUUUUGUUUUCGGCUUUUAUUCACAGACUGAACAACUGGUUCAUGCACUGUUGCUUAUUUGGAUUUGUCCGACAUACGAGGGACGGUGGAUGAGCUGCUUUCGCCAAAACCGGAGAUGGAAUUGCUGAUAAUAUGCCUUUCCUUAUGGAUGUUGCAAUGCAAUUCAGUGGCGAGCGCGGACUCCAUCAUUCACAUCGGUGCCAUAUUCGAGGAGAACGCAGUGAGGGAUGACGAGGUUUUCCAGCUGGCGAUCUCAGACCUCAGUCUCAACGACGACAUUUUGCAGAGCGAGAAAAUCACACACUCCAUAAAACUUGUCGAGGCGAACAACCCUUUCCAGGCGGUCCAGGAAGGUUCCAAUGUAGUGGGCUGAGCAGAACGUGCCUGCGGUGCAGAAGCAGCAGUGUGUCAUCUCCACUGUCUCCUGUUUGAGCCGCCCAAGGGUAUCUCUGAGGUUCAGCUCCUCUCCCUCCUGGCCGUCUUCUGCUGAAGUCAGCAAACCACGGGGCUACUCUAAUGGACAUCAUCAUGCUUAAGUGUGAUUGGAUAACAAGAAAGCCCCAGGGAUGCUCUCGCUUCUCCUUGCUCCUCUUUUUGGGACAUCUCAUUAUUUAA